GUCCGACUUUUUGUUGUAGCGCUCUGGCGCACUGGUAGUUAUGCAGUACCGUUGCUUGUUGUUGCGUGUUUUCUCUUUUUAUCCAUGUAGCGACCAUCUGUCAACGGCAGCGGAGUCGUUUACGAGUAGUUUGCUUCGAGACCGCGCGCGAAACGCGAAUCGCAUGACGAUCUCUUUCGUUUUAUACACCUGACAAGUACGCGAAAUCAUUCUACAAUUAUGAUCAUGGAUCGUUCCUUUUUGAACGUUAUAAUCCUCAGCUGGGGAUUUAUGCUGAUGUUUACGGCGUUUCAAACAAUGGGCAAUAUAGAGAAAACUGUCCUGGCCAGCAUCCACGAAGAUGAUGAUAGCUUCAAGGGCGAUGCUUAUAUCAGCUUGGCGAUCAUCUACGGCGUGUUCGCGACUUGCAACUGGCUGGCGCCGUCGUACAUCUCGGUGACAGGGCCGCGAGUGGCGAUAUUCACCGGCGCCUGCUGCUACGUCCUGUUCAUCGCCUCGUUCUUCUGGCCGCAUGACGCCCUCCUGUACAGCGUGUCCGGCGUGGUCGGUGUCGGCGCGGCCUUCAUAUGGACCGGUCACGGUCAAUACCUGACGGAGAACAGCGACAGCGACACUAUGGCGCGAAACGCCGGUCUGUUCUGGGCGAUUUUCCAGACGUCGCAGUUCGCCGGCAAUCUCUUCGUCUACUUCAUCUUCAACAAGCCGAAAAUCGAUGCCGACCAGCGUAUGAUCGUCUUCGGCGUGCUGACCGGCCUGGCGGUGGUCGGCACGGUGGUGCUGGCCUUGCUGAGACGAUCGCCGCAGAAACUAUCGCUGGGCGAAGCGGAGGGAGUGUCCAGCGCGGACAAAGAGCUGCGGAUACCGGAGCCGACGCGCAAGGAGCCUCUGUUGGCCGCCUGGCACGCCUUCACAGACGCAAUCCGACUCUUCGUCACGCCGAACAUGCUGCUGCUGUCGCUGACGUUCAUCUACACCGGUCUCGAGCUCACCUUCUACUCCGGCGUGUACUCCAACAGCGUCGGCUUCACCAAGGCGAUGGGCCCGCAACGUAAAAGUCUCGUGGGGCUGUCCGGUAUCUUCAUCGGUCUCGGCGAGGUUGUGGGCGGCGCGAUCUUCGGCAUCCUCAUGCCGAAGAUAUUCACCCGCUUCGGCGGCUGGCCGGUGAUACUCACCGGCUUGUUCAUGCAUCUCUUCGCCUUCAUCAGCAUCUUCCUUAAUUUGCCGAACGAGGCGUCGUUCGCGGAGACCGACAAGGAGGGCUUCGUCGCGACUUCGCCGAUCCUCGCGAUGGCGGGCAGUCUCACUCUCGGCCUGGGCGACGCCUGCUUCAACACGCAGGUCUACUCGCUGCUGGGUGUGCUGUUCGUUAAGGAAAGUGCGCCGGCCUUCGCGCUUUUCAAAUUCUGUCAAUCGAUCGCGGCGGCGAUCAGCUUCUUCUACAGCACUAAAGCGGGGUUGCAUGUACAACUCGCGGUGCUGUUCGUGACUAUCUUCCUGGGCUCAACGGCCUUCUGUUACGUUGAGUACAGAGCGAAAAAGGCGAAGAAUGAGGCUCCACAGGAAGUAGAUCCGGCGCUGGUCGAUGCUACGAGCGGCGAGGACUGAUAAGGCUAAUUAGAUGUAUUUUUAGGGUACGAAGAACACAGCGGGAUCGGAAAGAUCUCGGCAGCUCUCAGCAUUGCGAAGUACGGAAAAUUAUUUCGUUAAUAUGAUGAGUAGCUCGCAACAGCUCAAACCAGCGUUAAGGCAAAUUAUUUUAAUAUAUAUUUUGCACUUUUUUUUUUAGAUAUUGUAUUACGUCCGAAUCCUUCCAUAAUUAUUAGGGACUCUUUGCAAUGUCGUAUUUUAAAUGCGGUAAACAUUAAAAUGUUGAACUAGCUACGAGCGAUUUAUUUCUCGAAAUGUAUUGUUGCAAAAUGUCUCUAUUGCAUAUUCAAAAUUUUAAGCAUAUAAUCGUGUUAUUAAACAAAGAUAUUCGGAAAUUGUCGAAUGUAAUCAUGGCCUUCCAGUUUCUAUAUGAAUAUUCUCGACUUCUAUAUUUUUAUCUUACAAUUUAAAGUAACCAUAUUUUUAAUUUAUUAUUAUUUUUUCAAGCAAUAUCUUUUUACGUAUGCAAGUGUGUCAAACAUGUCAACGUUACGCUGCUU